GUGUGGAAAUUCCACACAUGAAGUCGAGGAAGUCUUACGUGUCCGAGGGCAUGUAUGAGUAGGAAAUCUAUACAUUAGUGUUGGUAAAUGGGAGACAGUGUGGAACCUGUUGUGCAGAGUUGAGCGCAAUUGAGCUUCACCGUUAUAGAGUAUUGCACCAGGACUUUCCAAGAAGUAACGCGAGAUAGCAAAAACCGGGUAUCAUGUCUAUUUCACCGACUUUUCAAAGCGUCAAACUUUCAUCCGCCUCUAUUGAUUUAACAAAUGGCAUAGAAACCUCGGAUUACUUUAACGUUGACUUGAAAAGAACUGAGGGCUGCGAAAUGGACGCUUGUUUUGCCGCGUUUGAUAGAGACGCCGAUGGUUUCUUAUCAAUUGGUGAAUUUGAAUUGAUUUGCCGGGCGCUGUUUAGAAAUGAUCGGGGAAAAAUUUAUGGAGUCGAGGAGAAACAGUUGCGCGAAAUUUUUGAUAUAUUUGAUUUAAAAAAGGACGGACUCCUCGAUCUCCAGGAGUUUGAGGUGUGCUGGAAUCGUUGGAUAAAGGUCUGCACGCGACCGAGGUGUGCCUUCCUCAUUGUUGACGUUCAAAAUGAUUUUAUAUCUGGUUCACUCAAUAUAAAACAGUGUGCUGCACAGCACGACGGGUCCGAGGUAAUCGAACCGAUAAAUCAUCUCCUGGAUACAGUGACGUUUGAUGCAGUAUUUUAUUCCCUUGAUUGGCAUCCAGUUGAUCACGUGUCCUUCAUCGAUAAUCUGCAUAUGCGGGAAGUGGAUGAAUCGAGUCCUGUACCCCAGGAGGAAGCAAAGGUUUAUGAUACCGUCACCUUCAAGGGUCCACCCUCCCUGAAACAAAGGCUCUGGCCACGUCACUGUGUCCAGGACUCCUGGGGCGCUGAACUCCACAAAGACCUGAAAAUCGUUGACAAUGCUAUUAAAAUCUACAAAGGGACAAAUCCAGAGGUCGACUCGUACUCUGUCUUCUGGGAUAAUAAAAAACUCACUGAGACAACACUGUCGUCUCAACUCCAGGACAAAGGUGCCACAGACAUCUACAUAUGUGGAUUAGCCUACGACGUCUGCGUUGGGGCAACAGCUGUUGAUGCUCUCACCAGUGGUUAUCGUACUAUUUUAAUUGACGAUUGCAGUCGUGGGGUUGAUCUCGUUGACAUUGAAAAAACCAAGGCCAUGGUAAUAGCCAGCAAUGGCGUCAUCGUCACAUCCAGCCAGGUGAAGGCAAUGGUCGAGGGUCGUGACCGUAGACCUGAACUCGGCUACAAACUAGCCCUCGAGAUCAAACAGUCGCUCAAAUCCCAGAGUAACAAUAACCGGAAGUGAAUUAAUACCUAGAACAAGCGAGGAGAAAAAUUCGAUAAAAAUGUGUUGACAAAAAAAAAUGGAGAAUCGAUAGCUCUGAAGGACUAGGUGAUUGGGUAAUUGGUCUUUCAAUUCGGAUUGUCGUUAUGAUGAAGUAGACAUUAUUGAAUAUUUCUCCCCGUUUAUUAAUUAAUUAAAUAGAUAAUAGCAUAAUGUUAAUUGAUGCACGUGAGGAACGCCUUCCAGAUUGUUAUAUUUUAUUGCAUUGGUGAGACGUAAUUUGUCAGUUAAAUUCCCAAAUAAAUAUUCAUUCGAUAGACCGAUGACUUUUACUAUUC